AUGAGACGACGCUGGUCUAACAACGGAGGGUUUCCGCUGCGAAUGCUCGAAGAGAGCUCCUCAGAGGUUACAUCUUCGUCGGCUCUUGGAUUACCUCCUGCUAUGGUUAUGUCUCCGGAGUCGCUCGCCUCGCCAGAGUAUGGCGGGCUCGAGCUAUGGGGUUACGACGACGGAAUAACAUACAACACAGCACAGUCGUUGCUCGGGAACACAUGCACGCUGCAACAGCAGCAGCCACCCACGCAACCCUUACCUUCCAUGCCGCUGCCGAUGCCGCCCACGACGCCCAAAUCGGAAAAUGAAUCCAUAUCAUCAGGACGCGAGGAGUUAUCACCGGCGUCUAGUGUGAACGGCUGCAGCACAGAUGGAGAAGCAAGGCGGCAGAAGAAAGGUCCUGUGCCUCGCCAACAAGAGGAGCUUUGUCUCGUGUGUGGCGACAGAGCCUCUGGUUACCAUUACAAUGCACUUACCUGUGAAGGCUGUAAAGGUUUCUUUAGGCGGAGUGUUACCAAAAACGCAGUAUACAUUUGCAAAUUUGGUCACGCGUGCGAAAUGGAUAUGUAUAUGAGGAGAAAAUGUCAAGAGUGCAGAUUAAAGAAAUGUCUAGCGGUGGGCAUGAGGCCGGAGUGUGUGGUGCCAGAGAAUCAAUGUGCGAUCAAGAGGAAAGAGAAGAAGGCGCAGAGGGAGAAGGACAAACUGCCAGUCAGCACAACGACAGUAGACGAUCACAUGCCGCCCAUAAUGCAAUGUGAUCCACCACCACCUGAAGCCGCGAGGAUUCUGGAAUGUUUGCAGCACGAAGUGGUGCCGCGGUUCCUCUCAGAGAAGCUGUUGGAGCAGAACCGACUGAAGAACAUCCCCCCACUGACCCGUAAUCAACAGUUCUUGAUUGCGAGGCUCGUCUGGUACCAGGACGGCUAUGAGCAGCCGUCGGAAGAAGACCUCAAAAGGGUGACCCAGACUUGGCAGCAAACGGAUCAAGAUGACGAAGAUUCCGAUAUGCCAUUCCGUCAGAUCACAGAAAUGACGAUCUUGACGGUUCAACUCAUCGUCGAGUUCGCUAAGGGGCUGCCUGGGUUCGCCAAGAUAUCACAACCGGAUCAAAUCACACUAUUAAAGGCUUGUUCAAGCGAGGUGAUGAUGUUGCGGGUAGCACGACGGUAUGACGCCGCGACUGACAGUGUACUGUUCGCGAACAACCAGGCGUACACCCGCGACAAUUAUCGCAAAGCCGGCAUGGCUUAUGUCAUAGAAGACCUGCUGCAUUUCUGUCGCUGUAUGUACGCCAUGUCUAUGGACAACGUACACUACGCGUUGCUUACUGCCAUUGUUAUAUUCUCAGACCGACCGGGUUUGGAGCAGCCUCAACUGGUGGAGGAGAUCCAGCGUUACUACCUCAACACACUGAGGGUGUACAUCCUGAACCAGCUGAGCGCCUCCUCGCGCUGUCCGGUCGUGUAUGGCAAGAUCCUGUCCAUCCUGUCCGAGCUCCGGACACUCGGCAUGCAGAACUCGAACAUGUGCAUCUCGCUGAAGCUGAAGAACAGGAAGCUGCCGCCAUUCCUCGAGGAGAUCUGGGACGUGGCGGACGUGUCCACAGCGCAGCCGCCGCCCAUCGUCGACAACCCCGUCGACCUCUAG